AGCGUUCUCCGACAAUUAACGUCGUUUUUUAGGAGGUCUGCUUACAAAUCAGAAAUGUUGACAUAUAUAUAACUAGAUAAUAAUAUAUACAGAUAUAUAACUAGAGGGUGCACUGUCUCGCUCUCUCUCUCUGUCCCUCCCUUUCUCUCUUUCUCUCUCUCGUUUCGUUUUGUGGAGCAUGUCAAUUGUCGGAGAACGCUCCCAUUCAGAAUGCAUUGGUUUACAUUUCGUUCUGUGUAGCACUAAAAAAGUCGGACAAUCGUAAUCUGGGACACGAUUCAAUAAAUUAAUAACGUUUGUGCGCAUGAGCACGAAAUCGCGUGAUACCGGGUUGGUUCUAGUACUAUGUUGCUAGCUAGUCAUACAGCAGACGCUUUGAUGAGACAUUGUGCACAACAGUGGUUCAACUGUACGAUUUGGUUGUGGCCACAUUUGUUGCCAGAGAGACGCAGAUUAUUAAACUACUAAGAACUGCCUUCGAAGCUGAAGCGCUUUGGCGGUUGCCUGUGCCCCAUGACCGGAAAGAUCAGCAUAAAAGAAGAUUAAGUUCCUUAGGGGAGAGAUGUAUCCAACAGAUAUGGGUGUGGUCAACCUACCCUAGCAGACGGCAAUAAUACGUUUUUUCAUAAUGAGAAUAUUUCACCUCUCAGGCUACGUUUACAUGAUGACGGUCGAAACAGAAGACGCGAAACAGAAGACGCAAAAGUGGCGUCGCGUAGACGCCACUUUUGCAUAGAAUCUUCCUUCUUCUCUUAUCUGCGCCGUGAAAACCAAAACAUAAUUACAUAUCCUUCUCUGUUCAGUAAUACUAUCUGUACAUAUCCUGUACAUUUCGUGGAAAGACUCCUGUAAGUUUAUUAGACCUGCUGUCAGAGCAGCUUGACGGUCCGACGCAUGGAGAUAAUCCAACAUGUUUGUUUAUUACCCUGUACUGGCGCAUGUAUGUGACUUAAACGCGUACGCGACGUGAGCAGAUCUGAGCAGUUUUGUGUCUUGGCAGUGUAGACGUAAACGCUAAGCGUAUUCAAGUUUUCCAUUCUGGAGGGUGGUUUCAGUUUUUUGCGUUUUUAAGCCCCAAAAACGCUGUCACCGUCUAAACGAAAGGCACUUCUGAUCAAAUAUUUUGUCGUUUUACCCGCAGGCGUCCUCGUGUACACGGGGCCUCAGCGUUUACCCACUGUGUCGUGGUUAACCUGAGCUCAGUCCAUCGUGGUUCAUAGCUGGGUACAUUAUCAGGACACCAAUUGAGAAUACCAGGAUAGAUGCUACUCUGUGUAAUUAACAGUUUGAUCAUGAUUAAAUACUCGUGAUAUAAUAUCCCGGGGUGAUUAUUGUGUGUUGCGUACUCAUGUCUAGGUGUGUUUGUGUCUCCAAAGCUGUGACGUUUAAGGCUGAGAGGGAGGGAAGGGUAGAUGGAGAAAGUGAGAGGGAUUAGAGAGAGAGAGAGAGACAGAGGGAUGGAGUGGGAGAGAGCAGGGGAGGGAUCGAGGGAGGGUGAGAGACGGAGGGGACGUGUAUGUUAGAGGCAGUGUAUCCCUCGAGGUACAAUACAACAACCUGCAGGCUUAGAAGCGCCGGGACAUUCACUUGUAGAAAGUGUCUCACGGAUAUACUUAAUUAAACUGCUGCCGGCAAUUUUGUGGAGGUGCCAAAACCUCGUAUCCGGAGAGACUCACCCAACUUGUUCAACGUCAACACACCUCAAUACUACUUCUCGUUGCCAACACGCCUUCCGAGAUAAUGUUGUUGAUGUACACAGAGUGACAGCAGAUAUCUUUUUCUCAUCGAGCAAGCCGCAGGAUUUGAAGGUCCCCAGGCACUGCCUGCGCAACCGAUUCCCGCCGGAGAAGAAUAAAGUUUUCUAGAUCUGAACCCGACACAGUCGCCAUGGUGACCCUGGCCCCGCCUUUUCCGGCGCUUGUCCAAGCCGUUCCUCUGCUCAUAUUGGUGCUGGGGUUCCUCCACUGGGGGCCUCCGGCGGUCGGGGCUCAGAACGACACGGAGCCACUGGUGCUGGAGGGGAAGUGCCUGGUGGUGUGUGACUCCGCCCCCUCGGCGGAGCCCUCCUCCUCCGGCGGCGCCCUGGGCAUGUCCGUCCGCUCGGGGUCGGGCCGCGUGGCGUUCUCCGCCGUGAGGAACACCAACCACGAGCCCUCGGAGAUGAGCAACCGCACCAUGACCAUCUACUUUGACCAGAUCCUGGUCAACGUGGGCGGCCAUUUUGACCCAGCACGGAGCAUCUUCGUGGCUCCCAAGAAAGGAGUCUACAGUUUCAGCUUCCAUGUGGUCAAAGUGUACAACCGACAGACGAUACAGGUGAGCCUGGUCCUGAACAGCUGGCCGGUGCUCUCUGCCUUCGCGGGGGACCAGGAUGUGACCCGGGAGGCGGCCACCAACGCCGGGCUGGUGCUGAUGGAGCGGGGGGACAAGACCUCCCUCAAGCUGGAGAGAGGCAACCUGAUGGGGGGCUGGAAGUACUCCACCUUCUCCGGCUUCUUGGUCUUCCCUUUGUAGG